GCUGAGCCGAGCGCCAUGACUUCUGGAUAGAAGCCGACGUCACUGAACAGUGACAGCAAAGAUGGCGGCGCCCUUAGUGAGAGCUGCAAGAGCACCCAUAGCAGGACGGCUGCUGAGUACCUCCGGUAAUAUAAACGGGAGAGGAGGAAAUACCGCUCACAGGACGUAGUAACUAGUACAGAAUCACGAUUAAAAACCUUAUCUGAAGCUUAAGGAAGUGGGGGGUUACUGACCAGAGGGAGCAUUAAGGUUAGGGGUCAGUGAGGGAGGAGGUAAUAUGCAUUUUAUUGGGCUGGGUUUGACCUCUCACAGAAAAAUUCAAAUAUAAAGGAUUAGGCAUGGUUGGUAAGCAGGGAACGAUCAGUAAUAUUGGGUGUGUACCUAAAGAAUGGGAGGGGGUGGGGGCUGUGGCAGACAGGGAACACCGAUUGAAUGAAGUUAAAUUACAAAUAAUAGUAUACACCAGGGGUCUCUUUAAACUCCGGCCCCCACCCCCCAGAUGUUGCUGAACUACAACUCCCAUGAUUCUCUGGCUAUCUAUGUAAUUCAAAGAAUCAUGGGAGUUGUAGUUCAGCAACACCUGGAGGGCCACAGUUUGAGGACCCCUGGUAUACACUGACAAUCUGGGAUUACUUGUUUUUUUUUUGGUUAAAGCUAGAAGGCAUUAUGGCAAAUUGUCUUUUUAUUGAUUGCAUGCACAGUAUGAAUAAUUUAUCCUUUUUUUUUUUAUUUAUUUUUUUUAGCUUCUUUAUGCAAACGAGCUGCACCCCUGGGCCCUCUCCCAAAUGAUCAAUUUGAAGGUAAAGACGUGGAGUCGUUGGAGAAAUAUAGAAGCAUAACCCGAUAUUACAAAGUAGCCGAAGCAGCGAGCAAGAAACCAAGUUGGUGGAAAACAUACGAACACUACCAGCAGACAAACGCAGGUAAACCGCCAUGAUGAAAUCAUCGAUAGUUGGUAUGUUUUUGUUUUGCAAUUUUAGUGAGACUGAGGUUAUAUAGUCUCCAUGCAAUGCAUGUAGAUUCUGCCCUGCACUGGAAUGGGUAACACUGUAUAUAAUUCUCAUUUAAAGUUUCACAGAAAAACAGAUCUUAAAAAAAAUACUCUCUUAAUACCUUUUGUACCUAUGUUAUAGACCUGGGCUCUAGCAAUUGCUAGAUCUCCAGCUGUUGUAGAAAUUUAGUUUGUAGCCUAAAGGGUGCUAAACAUCAUGGGAGGUUUAGUUCUGCAACAGUUGGGGUUCUGCUUUAUGGCCACCCAUGUUUUAGUCAUAUGAAUAGAUAUAAAAUAAAAAGGUUAUUAAAAAUGAUGCGUUUACUAUAUAAAUAUAUUUAAUAUUGCUUAUUACAUAAUAUUAUUAUUUUUAUUUUUUUGAAUUUUUUAUUUUUGUUGUGCAUGGUUUGACAGUAGGAUAUACGUUGCCACAACAGCAAACAUAAUCACAUCAAUAACAUAGAUGUACACAUAUGUGGCAUAGAAGUGAAAGCACAUUUUUAAAACAUUUUUUAAACGUAGUAAGGCAAUCUAGUGGCAUAUGUUAUGCAAGUAUCAACAAUAGUUAGAUUAUGGUAAGGCUUAUGGCAUUGCUUUUCUGAGAAGGGUAAAUAUUUAUGCCAUAGUGACAGCAGCUUAAAGUCAGAUAGUAGUAGUCAGAGAAGAGACAAAAAGGGAAAGCAUUGGAUGUACAUUCUUCUUAGCAAUGGAUUUUUAACGUUGUGAAUCAUAUAUGUCUGCAUGUAAGACCAAGUAGAAAAUUUAUAAGCAAUAGACCACUGACAUGAGGGGUAUUAACUUAAAUGGUCGUGUGAGCCAGUAGGCAAGUGACCACUGGAGUCGAGCAGGACCCCGCGCAGCUACAAAGCUCUGGGUGGGGUCUGGUGGGGAGAAGAGGCCAAAAAGGGCAAAGUGGCAGCGGUGUACCGCUGUGCAUCUUAGGUCUGAAUCUGCCAGUGGGUUACGUGUAGCUGCUGUUUCUAACAAAGUCCACAUGUUUUGGGACUGCGGGUGUCUCUGUGCUUGCAUGCCAGGAUCGGUCUUCCUAGACCCCGGUCUGGUACCCCAGCUGCUCGGCACAUAACGAGAGAAUUGAGGUUCGUCCUGUUCCGACUGCUUAGCUCCAGUUGGUAGAUACACGCUGCGAACAUGUCUCCGUUGCUCGCCACGUGUGUCCGGCCCCCCCCCAGAGAGGGUCUGUUGCGGGCGGCGGAUCCAGUUACUUGCACGGUCUCCCUCUCUCCCAGCGCUGUAUCACUCGAGUAUCUUGCUUUGGGGACCUCCGCCGGAGUGGUUGGCUUGGUUGCAGCUUAGAGAGACUCCGUGUUGUAGGGGUAGAUGGUGGAGAGUCAGAAGCUGCCGCCAUCUUGCAAGGUUAGCCUCGGAUGUUACUUGUGCCCCAGUCUCCCCACCUCUCUUCUCAGUGGGGACCGGGAUGACCCCCCCGGCCCAAAGGGGGGGGAAACGGGACCGGCAAGCUGCUCUGGCAAUCAGCGUGUGGCAGCUGGGAAGGGAGGCCUGGCAGCGGCCGUCCACCUUGCUCCCCUCCCGAGUAGGCCGCAGCCCUCGAAGCUUCGGUCUUCCACUAUGGGGUCCAAAGCUCCCGAUCUCAGGGUCCGCUACCUCUCCCACAGCCGUGUGUAUUUCGUAGGCUUGUCGGUCAUCAUAAUAAUCUGCCAUUUGUAGCUUAAGAGGCCCGAUCGCUUCGGAGCCUCUCCUGCAUGCGACCGGUUAGCAUGGCGGUCCGGCCCCGCCCCCCUACAUAAUAUUAUUUAUAUUUUUUUUAAUAUUCCCAUCUGUUUGGUCUUCUCUCUGUGUGGAGCAUCUUCAUUUGGUUUCAUGCUUUGCAAUACUGUGGUACUUUGUUGCAUAUCAUAUUAUGUUAUUCUAUGUUUUAGUAUUGCAUGCUUCAUGCUAACGAUCGCUAUUUUUUUUUUUUUUUUUUAGUUGAUGUAAAAGCAGUUGUGGACAUAGGAUUCCCAGUCUCUAGGACUUCUUUUGUCAAAAAGGCAAAAGCCAGAAAAGAAUUGCUGAAGGAGAACCACAGAAAUCUGGAGUUGGAGAGGGCCUCCCGCCACCGAACAUGUGUGUUACCUAUAUUGCCACUUUGUCACAAUGAUAUGUGCACAAUUUUGAUGUAUUAUGACUCCUCACCCCAUUGCUUUAAGAAGCACAUUCAAAUAACAAAAAUGUAGCAUGUUUAAAUGUGUUUUAUGCUUUAUGAACCUGGGGUGAUUUUCUUGAAAUUAUAAAGUUUUCUGGUAAUUUUAAAGACUUUACAAAUGACUAAAUUUGAAGGGGGAAAAAUAAAAGAAAUUACUGUAUAAAAAAAACAUGCAACUAGCGGUGUGCAGGAAUAAGUGGCAGAUUAGCGAUGAUAUAAAUGUAAUAAUGGUUAAGGAUAGAUAAGAAUUGAGUACUGGGCAAGGAUCCCAUACAAACAUUUUGAGAAAUUUUAUUAAGGUUGUCCUAACAUUUUGUGUGUACUGCAUUACAGCUGUUUCUAAACCUUGGUCCUAAUUCCUAUUUAAAACUCAUAUUUAUAUUUAGUUCACUUCUAAAUUAUUGUUCUCGCAACUCUUAGAAUGCUCACAACUUGCAUGUAAGCACAGGCAUUAUUGUCCUUUUUUUUUUGGCAGAUUUGCAAUUCUACAUUUAUAACAGCAUUGUGUGGCAAGUUGGACAUUGUUACUCCUGCUUGCACUUAGCAUAUACAUGAACAUCUAUGUGUUUUUCUCUUUAGUGCAAAUUCCACUGGAUGAAGUUCGAGAAGAAUGGGAAAGGACCAGUGGACCAUUUCAUGUACAGAAUGUGGCCAAGCACUAUGGAGUUUACAAAGACCUUUUUGGAGAAGCUACGUUUGUUCCCAGUGUCCCACUGAAGGUCUACUACAACAAAGGAGAAGAGUUUGUUUUACCUGUUCACUAUGGGAAUAUGGUGACUCCUUCUGAGGUUGGUACAUGUGUAUAUAUUGAGCAGCCAACCAUGAUAGGAUCUAAAUCUAACCAAAUGUCAUGUCUUUCAGGCUUCUACACCUCCUGAGGUGACAUUUGAAGCAGAACAAGACUCACUGUGGACUCUGCUACUUACCAAUCCAGGUUAGUUUCUAGGAAGAAAAUUAUUUAACUGAGGCAGUCAAAUUGUAGAUAAGAUCUCAAAUACCAGGAGAAAAUCAUCAAAGCAAAUAUCAAAUUAGUGCUUUAUUUAAAAAAAGAAAAAGUGAUUAACAAAUAUUGCCCCACUGGUGUCCUAUUUCUAUCUCUCUACUUUUCGCAUUAAAAUUAAUGACUACAGUUUUCAUUCUUCUGCAUUCAUUUCCCUACUCAUAAUACUAAUUCUUUGCUGUUGCUCUCCCUGCAAGUUAGUGGUAUACAUAUUAGCCCCUUCCUGCCUUGAUGUUCUCUUUGAUUCUGACCUCACCCUUAUACCUCAUACCAAGUUUGUUGGCAAAUCCUUCCAUUUCAUAAAUAUUGAACGCAUCUUCUGUUUUCUUACCCAAGAUGUUACUAAGGAGCUUGUUCAUUCUUCUCACAUUGUUUACCAUAAUUCUCUCCAACUGGGCUCUCCAGAAAUUAUACUGCUUUCUACAGUCUAUAAAGAAUGCUGCUGCCAUUUUUCUCUCCAGUCACUCCUCUUACACGUCACCCCUCUGUCAAUUGUUACAUUGGCUUCCUGUGCCCCAUAAGAUUCAAGGUUGAGGUCCUCCUCAUCAGGGAUGUUAAAAACAGACUAGUAUAUUCAUUUUAUUUGUGCUGUUUUUGUCUAUUUAUUUUUUUAUUACAUAGUUGUUGGCAAUACUUUUGCAAAUUGUAUAUAUAAAUGUCAGUAUAUCUGUAUCUGUAAUCUGUACUCCCUGGUAAGUAGUUUUGCUCAAUGGCCAUUUGUUUGAGUGAGGCUUUAAAACUGUAAUUCACCACUUAAAAAAUUUAUUGAAAUCCUUGACAUAUUGGGCAUUUUAGCCAUCAGGAAAAAUUAGUAACUCUGUUUUGAAUUAAUUUUCUUUAGUUGCACUUGUGUAGGAUUUAUUACAUUUAAAUAAAGCUUUUCAUAUUUUUUUUCCUUCUAAAUAUUUUUCAUUUUAUAAAUAUAUUUUAUGUUCAGUAAGGAAGCCUCAGACUGGGCACCAGUGUUAGCUGAUUACUAAAUCUCAAUUCAGAAAACUCGGUGAGAAAUGUUGGCACCUUUAAUCUCUCGACGUAAGAUGGCACCCAGGACCUCCAACCACCGUGUCCACUUAUUUGAGAGAGUCAGAGUAUUCCUUAAGCGGACGAAGAUAUUUGUCAUAAAAGAGACCCAACAUAUUUGUUGUGAAUUAGUCUGUGGCCCAUAAUGUAAUCAAAAACUAAAUUGAUUUCAGUAUGGUAUAUUCAGGAGGGGUUCAGAAACAAUCCCUCAAGAUAAACAUUUCCCAACUUACACAAUGUUUUUUUUUUGACAUAUGGUGGCAGUACGUAUGGGUUGUGCUUCCUAAUUGGGACAAGCAUCUGCAAGAUAGGUGAUUAAGAAAAGUACCUCCCCUUUACCCUAUAAACGGCUUUCCUGGCAAACCCACCACAGUUCUUCCUUGUCCCAGAACAGGACGGAUCAAUAGUCUGCUGGAGGUGAGGCACACAGGUUGCUGUCUGGGGCAGGAAGCCCGAUAGCCACCCAGGUGGUAGACUGAGCAACAUGGUUCCGUCCGUGGAGGUUCCGGAGCCCUUUCUGUUUAACCUCGUGCCGAGUAUGUUCUGGCUUGGUGAGUAUGGGGGGGGCGGGGGACACCUUCAUUAUGUUGCAAGCCAUGCGCCUGCACACAGCGGUGGAACACACGCCCGAGUGGUGUUGCAUUCCACCAAAGUUCCGGGUGCGCUGUUGCGGAUGCGCAAACCGGAACUUCCGGGAAACCGCAGAGUUCGGAUCGCUGUGCUGUUCCCUCUGGUAGCAGGAAGCUUGUCAGAAGGGUUCCCCGUGUCACCAACCCCCCACACGGCUUAGAGGUUUUCAAGGUAAGGUUAGCUUUUGCCUUGAAAAUCUGUUCUGAUUAAAAUUGCAAGUUAUGGAUGGAAUUGUUUUGCAAGUGGACUGUAUGUGCAAAAUAGACUGUUUGUACAAAGUGGAAUGCCUCUACUAUACAAGGCUUUUGCUUAUUGUAUCUGUACUACUCCCCUUAAUAUGGUUCUAGGGUUUAUAAAUAUGACCAAGAUGCUGCAAUUUCUUGCAUAAAAUUAAGCAGUGAAAAUGCAAUCAUUCCUACCAUAUAGUGAAUCAAAUAGUGUAUCAGCUGCUCUGCCUGAGAUGUUCCGCAGGUACCGAAGAGAAGCGUCCUUCGAUUACUCCUAAUGUCUCGCGAAUGUUAAUAUACCUCUUCUUAAGACAUGUCUGGUACAUCAUACUGUGUGGAGUUGGUUCCCACCUGACGUACUGAAGUGGUUUAUUAGGAAUGAAUCGGUCAUAGGGCAGGAUAUGUCUGCUAACCUUUAAUGAGUGUUAUCUGUUCCUCAAACGUCAUGUCUGUCUUAUGUGCAGAAAUGGGACCACUCUGUGUAACGAGCCUUUCUUGCCCAACGUUUAAUAUGUUUACCAUCAAAUGGGUAAAUGUUACACCGCCAGGUACACUGGGAAUCCAUAAAAUUCUGCAGAAGUAGCUGCUUUAAAAACCCUGUCGUCAAGAAGGCAGAGUCCUCUUAUAGACUGCUGGUUUCGGUGUGGGUCUUUGCUGUCAGGUGCAGCAGUGUCCAAAACGUAUAAUGUUGUUUACAAUCAUUAAUGGAGGUUAUUUAAGUCUCCUAAAAAGCAGCUCGUCUGUUUUCUGUUUUAUGUGUGAUUAUCACAUAUUUUAUAUGGAUUUGACAAUGACUGCCAAGAUCAUGAGUUGAUCUGCUGUUUCCCUUAAAUCGUGGUGGCUUAAGCUUGGACAGCAGAUCAGCGUCCUUUUCGGUUCCCUGUUGACUCCCAUUAGGUAAAGGGGUAUCUUUUAUAACCGAAAAAGGAAAAAAGCUCUGCCUCAUGACAAGUAGAACUGGGUCCGACAUGGGUAGGCGUUUCGGAUGCCAAGAAGCUUGGAGGCGUAAUCCUGCAUUUCUAUACGAAGUGUGGAUAGCUUAGUGGGUUUAGACCUUGUUCAACCCUUGGGGUUCACAGGUUCGUUUCACCUGCAGGGUUAACUCGGCCCUUCAUCCCUUUGAGGUAGAUGACUGGAGUACCAUUCAAUGCAGUCACUUAACAUUCCCAGGAUGCAUUUGGGAACCAGUAUUUAUCUUAAUGUCUCUUGCCUGGCUUUUAAGUGGAACCUACUUGCAAUCACUGGUUGCUUGAUCUAGUUAGAGGGCACCGCUUGCUCUUUUAAAAUCUGCCCAAUCCAUAAUCUUCCGAAUAGUCUAUUUACAGAAAGAGUGUUCCCUGUUAGAUUCAAGGAGUUUGUUAGUUAUCAAACUGAUCAUUCCUUUAAACCGGUUAUGAAUUUAAAUUAGUGAAAAAAUUGAGAAGUGUCCUCUAUCCAAUAAAGCAGCUAUUCACCAACAAGGAGUUCCUUUUACCUUGUGAACAAUAGAACAAAACAAGCUAGUAAAUUAAGUGGACAGUGCUAAGAAUUAUUAUAAUAUCAUACAUACAAAGGUAGCAGCAGAUUUCGCAAUUAUGUUUCUUUCUCUUAAAAAAAAAAAAAAAAAGGAAAUAAAAGUAAAAUGAUAGUGCAGUAUGUUGUGAAUAAUAUGGUGAUAAAGAUAUAUUCCAAAGGGGCACUCAUGUUUUCCAGAGUUUAAAAAGCUCUAUUUUAGGAGCCUGGAUGGAACAAUCCCCGUCUAAGGAUUUCUUUUUGCUGUUAUCAGAUUCCCAAGGUAGUGCAGUUCAUCAUAUGAAAAAAAUAAGGAUGUAUACCAAUGGUACAGUACGUAUGUAAAAGUAGGAUAAGUAAAUAAUAUUAGACCUACUUACAUUUGCUAGAGCAAUGACCUGCUCUAGUGUAUGGAGCUUUAGGUGGAGCAAUCCCCACCUAGGGAUAUAUGUAGAUCCGGAACAGCAGAGGGAUGGUGAGAGUAUAAGGAGCUCAAGAGUGACUGGGUAUUAAGACAGAAUCUUUAUUAAUAAACAGAAUAAAUAAAACUAUUUAAAAGUGAACUAUAAAUAAAACCAGUCCUUGUAGGCAAUCUUUAAUCUCCACUUGACAUGUUUCGCUUACAGCUUUCUCAAAAGUGAAUCAAUUAAUUUAAAUUAAUUGGUUUCUCUCCUGAGGUUCAGAAUUGAAACUUCUGCUUCUGUAACUCUGAUUGUGCAGAAAGGAAUUUCAUGGUGUAUAUAGAUCACAGAGAUAUAUUCCCACAUAUCCCUAUUGCAGCCCCUCGAGGUUUUCUGAAAAUACGCCAUAUUACGUGGAUUGUAGAGAUUUCAUUGCUCUUCAAAACACUCCCAUUACAGCAUAUUUUAGGGAACGAGGCAUUCCUUACUUGGCAGUUUGGCUACUUAAUGCUAAUCGGGACGUUUGCCCUUUAAAGGGACACUCCAGGCACCCAGACCACUUCUGCCCAUUGGAGUGGUCUGGGUGCCACUAGGCAUUAGGUCUCCAUGGCCGGCGGGAUCAGUCUCACCCAACCAGCUGACGUAAUGAAGAGGAGGAGGAGCGUCGGUGACCCGAAACCACCGCCAAGGGACAUCGGCGGGGGUCUCAGGUAAGUGACUGAAGGUUUUUUCACCCCUUCAGCAACCAGGGAUUGGGAGGUGGGAGGGAGAGGGGACAUGCAGUGCCAGGAAAACGGAUUGUUUUCCUGGCACUGGAGAGUCCCUUUAAGUAUGUUUGGGUAGCAAGCAGAGCGCUACAGCAACACUGUUGGAUACGGAGGCUAUAAAGUAUUUUCUUCUUCUCCAGGGAACAUAGGGUUUUUUUGAGGUUCGUGUUAACAUUAAAACGUUACCUCUGCAUCUACUGCACUCAUAAAGGAAAGGUCCAAUUACUUAAAAAAACAAAAAUUUGUCCAUAAGGCCAGGAAAUUAGACUGGGAUGGGAUGUCUGCGGUUAACUGGGCAAAAUCUAGAUUUGGCGGCUACAGUGGAAAAUUCUCUCCUCUGGGUCAAAGUGUGGAAAUCUUGGAUUUCUGUCUCCUAGACUCUCUUUGAAAAAAGCAGAAGCUGUCCUUUCUGCCUAUAGAAGGAGUAAUUUUCACCACAGAAUGUAUCUAACACAGGCUCGGUCGCUCGUCUAAAUUCUCUAAUGCCAGCGUUCUUGGUCCUAUGAAAAAUAGUCCACUAAUUUCAGAGCUCUUAAGUCAGUUCUUCACUCCCCUCAUCGAUUCAUAUCUUGGUUGAUUGAGGGACCUAUUACAAUGCGGUCAGACCACGACACUGUUUCCCUCACGUCAACAGAUAGGGCGGUGCCAGAGGCAAGGUCUGUUUCAGCUAUGUACCAAAACGGUGUACUGGGCUCAGAAUUUCUGGGAGGUCCUCUCUCCAUUCCACUCAUGUGUCGACAAUGUCGUCACCUACAACCUCAGCACAAGAAAUUGGAAUCAAGAGUAAGGAUCUAUAGAUUUGAACAUGUUCACAGUCUACAGAGAGAUUUGGAGUGCCCGGAUAGACCUUAUGGCAAAGAGGGAGAACAUGAAGAUUCUCAGGUUUGCCUCUCUGUACAGGACAGAUAGUUCACAUUGAAUUGUUGGUCUAUCUAAGGGUAUUUCUCCGGGCUUAAAUUUUUGUUUUUGUCCUAAAGACUGUUCCUAAGACUUUUUCAAAGAGGUAACGGACAGAGCAGUGGUUCUACCAAUAUUUCUGUACUGGCCAAACACAAGCCAGUUUUCGGCCUUGGUGGGGAUGAGUUUCAAGUUUGGGGAUCUUCCGAUUUCAAACACUUUUGGAAGACAGGACAUCCUUCAAGUGUUGAAUAGGUUCUUAUUGACGGUAGGGCACUGCAUGGUGGAUCCUUCAUCUCUUGAGUCAGAGUCAGUUUGUUGCAUAUAAUCUUCUGGUCGUUCCGCCUCUAACCUUUACCUGAGGAUUUGGGUAGAGUGUCUAGAUUGUUGUAAGGAACAUCAUUGAAUUCUUGUUCAUUUGUCCGGUUGGUUCAAAUUUACACUUCCUGCAGGAGAUUUCCACAGGUUGGGCGUUUCCAUGUUAAGACCAAAUUGUAUUCCCCAAGUUCUUUCUGAGAAGGGAUUGGUUUUUGUAUAUACUGGUUAGAAGUUUCUUCAAAGCAAUAGGCUUCUUAGGCAACCCAGGAAGUUCUGUUUCCCUCCUGGGAUCUUACUUUAGUCUUUCAGGGCCUCUUUUACUUUGGAGGUGGUUCCUUUUAAUAUGCUAAAGCUUAACCAGCAUUCUUAGUGGCCAUUACCUCUGCCAAGAGAGUAAGUGAGCUUCAGGAUUUAUCCUUCAGUGGAAUUUCUUAUAUUUCAUCAGGGUAAAAGUUGUUUCAUCCUAAAACGUCAAUUCUUCCAGAGUUAUCUUUUAGAGACGUUAAUCGGCUCAACCUUCUAUAAUUAUGCCACCUCCCUGCUGGAACUAUAUGGCAUAUUCUAGGGUUAAAAAAGGGCAUUUCAGAUGUACCUAUGAAUAUCAGCCGAAUUCAGAAUAUUAGGCAAAGGCAAUGGUCACUUAGUGGGCAGAGAAAAGCUCUUGCUUCACCCAAAUAAAUCCACAUGGCUGCUUCUUGGUCAGCUUUUAGCCCCUAACAAAACAUCAGGCAUUUUCCGGCUAGAUGUACUCUCGGCCUCUAAAAUUGUGUUAGGACGUAGGUUCUUCAAGCUGUUUCUUCAUAAGGCCCACCCGAUUGGGAAUCUUGGUAUAUCCCAUACGUACUACCACCAUAUUUCAGAAAAAACAGAAAUUUUUACUUACCGUAGAUUUUUUUUUUUUUUUUUCUUCUUCUUAAUAUGGUGGCAGUACAAAUCUCCCUCCCUCUAAAUUACAAUUUUGCUCACAGUGUGUGGCUUUAGUGUGUAUUCUUGCUACGACUGAGGUGGGUUUGCCCGGGAAGCCCUUUAUAGGGUAAAGGGGAGGGACUUUUCUUAAUCACCUAUCUUGCAGGUGCUUGUCUCAAUUAGGAAGCACAACCCAUACAUACUGCCACCAUAUUAAGAAAAAAAAAUUUUCACGGUAAGUAAAAAUUUCUGUUUUUGCUUGGCUGCAUCUUCUGCUUCUGCAAACAAUAUCUUACCGUUUACAGAGACUUAUUAAAAAAUGGCCAUCUGAGUGGAAUUUGUUUUAGUUUUCACCUAAGUUUAUGAUUGCUUUUUCUAUAAUAUUACCACUGUGUUCUUUUUACAGAUGGCCACCUGAGAGACACCGACUCUGAAUACGUUCAUUGGUUGGUGUGAGUAUAGGUGAUUUGUGGUUACAAAAGAAAAAAACAAAACUGUCUUAUACCAACCUUUAUGCUUUUUGCUAAUCACCUGCUUAAGUUUAUCAUUUUUUUUCUUUCUUUCUUACAGAGGAAACAUCCCUGGUAACCAGGUUCAUUCUGGCAUUGAAAUUUGCCAUUACUUUCCACCAUUCCCUGCUAAAGGGACUGGUUACCACAGAUACAUCUUUAUUCUCUUUAAGCAGGAAGGGCACAUAGAUUACAGGGACGAUCUGAGACCAAACCCAUGGUAAGGAGCACUUUAUCUUCCACUUUUGUGUUUGUUUUCUUUGUUUUCGUCUCCUAUGUUUUUCAUCACUUGUGUGCUGAAACAUGGAAAGCAAUACAAAUUUUUCCCACCCACUUCUCUGCAAGUCACACAGUAUAAUACUAAAGAGAAACAUGGUACAAACCAAGGGCUUAUAUCACCAAUGUUCCUGAAUACUUUGUAUACUGGUAAGUAGUCUGACUCCAAGCAGGGAACACUAGCAAAAACAGUCUACACCCUGGAGCAGGGGAAGGCAACCUUCGGUAUUCCAGAUGUUGUGAGCUACAUUUCCCUUUGCCAGUAUUAUAGGAGAUGUAGUCCACAACAUCUGGAGUGCUUACUGUUGCCUGCCCUAGAGUAUCAAAAAGAAAAUCCUUAGUCUGUGCAAAAGCACUUUGUCAAAGUCACAAGAUUGUGUACUGGUGUUUUACUCCUUCCACAACUUUAGUUCAAUCAAAUUCUGUAAAUUCAGUUGAAUUGGUUUUCUUGGAGUCACGGCAGAUGUUGUACGCAUGUAGUUUCAGAUUUUAACAAUUCAUUUGCAUACAGGUUGGCUACAUUCAUAUUUAUUUGGAAGUUGUUUUUAAAAAGUUGGGCAUUGAUCAAUCUUAUUAUCAGUGUCCACAUUUUGGUGGCUCCAUGGGUGGCGAAUAAACCCAUCUGUGUCCUUUUUUCUAGUCACAGCUUGAAGCAGAGAACUUUUAAAACAUUGGAAUUCUACAGGAGACACGAGGACAGCUUGACUCCAGCUAGUCUGGCUUUCUUCCAGUGUAAAUGGGAGGAGAGUGUAACCCAGGUUUACCACCAGCUACUGAGUAAGUAUUCAGAAAUGUCAGUAAAAUGGUUACUUUUCUUUUUAACAUUUUCCUUUUUUACCCCAUUCUAUUUAUUCUAAACUCUUUAUAGUAAUGCCAUCUCAUCCUUUCUCUACAUAGAUUUGUUACACAAUUUGAAUCUUUGAGGCUAGUUUCUGCUUCACUCUUCGUCAUAUGAUAUUCUAAUGUCUUCCGUACCUCUGUUUUUUGUUUUGUUUUCUCACUUUACUCUGUGUUUUUUAGUCUUCUGUGCAUUCGUUCCUACUGACUUGUAUCUUUCUACCUUUGGACUGUUUUCACGUAUUUUUGUCUUUUUUCCCCAAAUUACAAAAUGGCCCUUUUUGCCAUUUAGUCUUUAUUUAUUCUUUGCUUUCUUUCUUUUUGUUUCUCUUGCCCACAGUCCACUUGCAGCUACUUGAUAACCUGUUCUGUCGAAUACCCUGCUUUUUGUCAUCUUGCUUGUGUUAUGACUUCACGUGAUUAAUUUGAAGCCUUUUUCUUUUUUGUUUUGUUUUUUUCCCUUUUUGAAAAAUUCUUUGUUCUUGAUUUUCAGACAUGAGAGAGCCCAUUUUUGAAUUUGAACGCCCCCCAGUAUAUCACCCACCACAAGUGAAAUAUCCUCAUGGCCAACCGCUAAGGUACUUGGACCGAUACAGGGAUUCUGAGGAGAGCUCUUUUGGGAUUUACUGAGAAGGCAAAUCCAAGGCACCCAGCUAUCAAUCCACAGGGGAGCAAUGGAACUUGCCUGCUGAUGAUGAUGAUCACUUUUUAACUUCAGACACUUCACAAGAUGUGUGAUUCUGAGACGCUAAGAUCUGCCAAAUUUCUCACUGCAUCUGUUUAAAAGCAAUUGCUUAAAAUCAUAGGUAUUUAUAAUGGCUAAACACAGAGUUUCCUAUUAGGAGUCAGUGAAUUUGUGAUCAUGGUAUUCAGUACGCAUCAGCUGAAGAGGGUUAAAAAAAGACGACAACACUGAAGUCUGAAUUGUGAGUUAUUAUUUGAAACUGAAAGAGAAAUAACAAUUAUGUGAUACUCCUGAAGGCUGUGGAGAUGUCUGUCAUGGUUUUGUACGUAAUUUAAAAAUUAAAAGUAUCUUCUAAAA